ACUAGGGGGCGCUGUCGCUGCGGCGGUGAUGGUUUUUAUACUGGUGGCAAGAUGGCGGACUCAGAGGAACCGAAAGCGGCUACUUGUACUUUUUUGUUCAAGAAAUCCAAGAAAAAAUUCUCGGGACGAAAGAGAAAAGCAAGCGACAGCGAUAAAGAUGGCAGCAGUGAUGAGGACCAGAGCUCUGUGGUCAGAAAGGACAAGAAAGGCACCCGAGUCAACCCCAUGAUUCAGAUGUCUAAGAAAGUAGAGCGAGAGGCUGUAUCGUCCAGUGAAGGUGAAGAAGGUAAAGAAGACAAGGUCACUGUUGCCUACAAGUCUACACGAUCAGCCAAAGCAGAGGGACCCGACGACAUGGGUGCAACCGCUACAUAUGAGCUGGACACGGAGAGGGACAAGGAUGCUCAGGCUAUAUUUGAGCGGAGUCAGAAAAUCCAAGAUGAGCUGACCGGCAAAGAGGAUGAUAAAAUCUACCGUGGCAUCAACAAUUACAAAAAAAUAAUCAAGCCCAAAGAUACCACAAUGGGCAACGCCUCCUCUGGCAUGGUCAGACAAGGACCAAUCCGAGCCCCUGAACACUUGAGAGCUACAGUCAGGUGGGACUACCAGCCAGAUAUCUGCAAAGACUAUAAGGAGACUGGUUUCUGUGGUUUUGGAGACAGCUGCAAGUUCCUUCACGACAGAUCAGACUACAAACAUGGCUGGCAGAUCGAGAGGGAGCUGGAAGAAGGCCGAUACGGAGCCAAUAAUGAGGAGAACUACGAGGUGAGCAGCGACGAUGAGGAUAUGCCCUUUAGGUGCUUCAUCUGCAGGGAAUCCUUUAAGAAUCCCAUCAUCACGAAGUGCAGACACUACUUCUGUGAGACAUGUGCUCUUCAGCAUUACCGCAAGUCAAAGCGCUGCUACGUGUGCAACACUCAAACCAAUGGUGUCUUCAACCCGGCUAAAGAGUUAAUGGCCAAGAUGGAGAAACAUCAGGCUGCAACAGACCAGCCACCAUCUGAUGAAGAUGAUUAGAAGCAUCUCAACCAUUUCAACAUUCCCCUUAUGUGUUUGUCUGUGUAAAUAAUGAAUAAAGUUACUUUUGUAGACAGC